AUGGAAUUGCCAAUCUACUACACGAAGGCUGAAUAUAUCGAAACAGACACCGGAAACAAGGUCUCACGACGUGCCACUAUUGCUGGUCCUCAGAACAUUAUUCUAGGAGGAAAAACCAUCAUCUCCAGCGGUGCUAUCAUCCGGGGAGACUUGAGAAGAACGGGUCCUGGACAUGCUGUGGUGAUAUCACUCGGGAGGUACUGUCUAAUCGGCGAAGGCUGCGUGAUGCGGCCACCAUACAAGACGUAUCGCGGUAACUUCAACUACUACCCUAUGAAAGUCGGCGAUCACGUCCACAUUGGUGCAAAUACCAUCGUGGAGGCAGCCACCAUAGGGAACCACGUCGAAAUUGGGAAGAACUGUAUAAUCGGAAAAUUCACAAUCAUUAAGGAUUGUGCGAAGGUAGCAGACAAUACUGUUAUCCCUCCGAAUACUGUCGUUUCUGCAUUGGCUAUGUUCUCCGGCUCUCCAGGGCAAUUCGUAGAAGACCUUCCGGAAUCUACACAGGAGAUGGUCGAAGCGUAUACCAAGUCGUACUACACGCGGUUCCAACCUUUACCGGCAUGA